UUAAAGUAAGCACAAUGGCAACAAGAGCUUUGUAUCCCACAUCUUACGACGAGGAGACCAAAAUUUGGAGCGGCAUGAGCAGAGCUCCCUUUUUCGCUCCUGACUGCUCGGUGGGAUCAGUUUUAUUCAAUGCCAUGAAGAAUUGGCCCAACCAAACUGUCUUGAUCAACCAUGAGGAUGGAAGGCGGAUCGGCAAUGCUGAAAUGCGAGCACUGGCCACACGCCUGGCCUUGUUUUUGAAGAAGGAGAAAUUGACCCACAAUGAUGUGGUUGGCAUCAUUGGAGUCACAAGCACAUACUUGGCACCACUGGCCGUGGGUUGUUUCUUCAAUACGACUCCAUUCCAUGCGGUGGCUGUGAAUAAAGAAGCCAGCGUCAUCAAGGGACUCUAUGAGCUGACAAAGCCAAAGAUCAUGUUUUGUGAUGGUAACGACUAUGAACGUAUUAAGGAAGUGACCAAAGAGUGGGCCCCCAAAUUUAUCACGCUUACUGGCCGCGUCGAAGGCGUUCCCAGCAUCGAGGAUCUGCUGAAUCCCACAAUGCAGGAGCAUUUCUAUCAACCCGAGCCAUUGGCCGUGGAUGGUGAUCAGACCGCUUUAAUUUUGUGCUCUUCGGGCACAUCGGGUCUUCCCAAAGCUGUUGCUAUUUCCCACAAGCAUGUGACUAGGAUUGCACCAUUUUGCAAUAGCACUGAUAUUAUAUUGACCAACGCCACUCUUGACUGGGCGACAGGUUUCAUCAGCUCAGCAAUCGGUUUGAUUUACGGUGUCCAAAAAGUGAUAUUCGAACGUCCAUUCGAGGCUGGAGAGUUUAUUGGCAUGAUCAAGCAAUACAACGUUUCCAUUCUUGUAUUGAAACCUUGGCAGACUUAUGAGCUGUUCAACCAUCCAUUGGCCACCGAAGAAUCUUUGGCUAAUAUCAGAGUGAUCUUCAUAACCGGCUGCUGGCUCUCCACUAAAAUCCUGCAACGCGGCCAGAGUUUGAUGAAAAAAUGUUUGAUUGUAUCUUCAUAUGGAGCCACUGAGACAGGCGCAAUUACGGCAAACAUUGAUCAUAGCCAUGAUGAUUCUCUUAAUAAUGUGGGUCGCAUCUUUCCCGGAAUGCGUAUUAAGAUUAUUGAUGAAGACGGCAACGCUCUCCCUCAUAACAAAGUCGGUGAAGUGCUAAUCGACAUUGGUUCCAAGUGGCUGGGAUACUUGGGCAGCCCUGCCGAUACUGAGGCUACAUUACAGGAUGGUUGGAUUAAUCUUGGCGAUCUGGGUUACUUCGAUAAUGACAACAAUCUGAUCCUUGUGGAUCGCAAGAAGGAUUUGCUGAAGUACAAAUCAAAUCACUAUUGGCCAACAGAGAUCGAACAGAUCAUCGCGGAGUUGCCUGAGGUAUUAAAUGUCUGCGUCGUGGGAAUUCCAGAUCCCUGCAUCGGAGAACUUGCUGGCGCGCUAGUUAUCAAGAAGCCUGGAGCCACGAUCACCGAACAGCAGAUUAUCGAUCAUGUGGCUAAGCGUGUUGUGGUCGAGUACAAGCAAUUGCAUUCGGGCGUUAAGUUUGUAGACACGUUACCUUUGAACCCGAAUGGAAAGAUGAUGCGAAACUUGGCCAAGCAAGUGUUUUUGGCAUGAUUAAAUUAAUUGAAUGUAGAGUUUGUUAUUAAUUAUAAGUUAUAUGUUGUUCCUUUACCCUGAUUGUUCGGGUAUAAUAAAUAUUUGUUUACGUCA